AACUGCAAAUUCCUAAUUAAACUCCGAGCCUUUCUGCAUUUCUUAAUUUCCGAUGAUUCUGAGGUGAACACAGUGUAAAGAUAUGGCAUAUGAUUUGAGCGUGGACGAAUUACAGAGACGUGAAUGGCGCAGAAAGAGAAAGGAGGAGUUGGACCCCAUUCAUUCCUGCUGGUACGAUCUGUGACAAGAUGGAAAUCUGACUCCAUUCAUUCACAUCGGCUAACCCUUCCAAAAUCAAAGAGCCAAGGGCCGGUACUCGCAUUGGAGAGAUAUUAGGGAUUCUCGUGGUGAAAACAGACUCUUCCUUAUCUUUUCAUGUCUUGUCCUGUCGUACGAGGUACCUCUCUAUUACAGACAAAACCCUAAAAGUCCCGCCUUUGCGAAAUUGGGGACCUCUUCACCAAUCUUUAUGUCGUCUUUCAUUUUCCUGCUACAGCGCAAGCAAAGUAAAGAGCUGGACAGACAUAUGUCUGUACUGAGAAAGAGGAAACGUCUUUUUAUGGCGCACUAUGGAUCCAGAAUUUUUGUUUCAGUACUGUCACAAAUUUUUCUCACGCGUAACGUGGCGCCGUUUAAAGCGACUCAAGCUUCAGUCCCCCACAGAAACCAACGCGCCAUGCCAUGGACCGAAGUAACGAUGAAAACGAGGACGCGAGGCCGAAGCAGCAUGGAAAGAGAAGAAAUCAGAUACACUGCUAAAGGCUGAUACAGCUAAUCAGUGAAGGAAGCAGUUCAAACUUCAGAGGUUGUCAAUUCUUUGAACCAGGAGAAGAGAUGGAGAUGCCAUUUUAACUCACAGAAGCGCGCAUAUUUUCAACUAGAAAGCCCUAAAUAUAUGGUAGCCUAGGUAUAAUAUUUUGUUGCUAAAUUUCAAAUUUUGAAAAAUGGCAAGAUGAAAACACAAUUGCAGAGAUUGACAUUGAGACAUAUAUACUCAAGAUUUAGCCCAAAAUUAGAGCAGUAACUUAAAAC